GUCCAGAGGGGCGGCUCCUCCCCGUUUCCUCAUUCUGGACGCUCCGUCGCAGCGAGGAGGCUUACCUUCCUCGCUUUAACCUCCGUUUCUCCCAAUGCAUCUAUAUUUUCAAACCUGUAUACCGCCUGGACGCACUUUUAACCCAGAGUAGAAGAGAAAAGGUAUCAUUCUACUAUGGAUGAGGAGAGAGAGAAGGGUUCAGGAGAGGAGCAGCAGAGAGCAGACUCCCCUGGACCCAGCUGUGUCUCCAUGAAGAGUGACUGGUCUAUGGAUCAGCCUGUUAGGUUUAAAGAUGGAAAUCAGUCUAUUGCGAAGAGAAGAGUCCAGCAGCAGAGAGCCGACUCCCCUGGACCCAUCUGUGUCUCCAUGAAGAGUGACUGGUCUAUGGAUCAGCCUGUUAGGUUUAAAGAUGGAAAUCAGUCUAUUGCGAAGAGAAGAGUCCAGCAGCAGAGAGCCGACUCCCCUGGACCCAUCUGUGUCUCCAUGAAGAGUGACUGGUCUAUGGAUCAGCCUGUUAGGUUUAAAGAUGGAAAACAGUCUAUUGAGAAGAGAAGAGUCCAGCAGCCGAGAGCAGACUCCCCUGGACCCAGCUGUGUCUCCAUGAAGAGUGACUGGUCUAUGGAUCAGCCUGUUAGGUUUAAAGAUGGACGCCCAUCCAGAGAGGAGAGACACCAGAAGAGGUCAAAGGUUACCAGUGCUCAGUCUCUACAGCAGCAUCAAACAGAGCUGAUCAAGAGGGCUGAGGAGAACGCACACGCUUUUCUUGACAAAGAGCUGAAGAAGCUCUGGAGGGAUCUCUUCUCAGAUUACCCACAAUGCUCAGAGAGUCAGAGGGAGGAGGAGGAGGUGGAUGGUCAGAAGGAGGAGCAGAGGAGGCGCGCCAUAGAGGGAGUUGUUGACAUCACAAAGCUCUGCCUGAUGGAGAUGAACCAGGAGGAACUGGCCGACACACUGUGGGGCGUAUCUGAUGCUGUCGAUUGCAAACAAAAAAUCAAGUCUCAUUUGAGGGAGAAGUUCAAGUAUGUGUUUGAGGGAAUCGCUAAAGCAGGACAGCAAACCGAUCUGAAUGACUUCUUCACAGAGCUCUUCAUCACAGCGAGAGGCAGUGGAGAGGUCAACAAGGAACAUGAGAUGAGACUGAUUGAAACAUCCUCCAGGAAACCAGCCAAGGAGGAAACACCAAUCAGAUGUGAGGACAUCUUUAAACCCUUACCUGGAGAAGAUAAACCAAUCAGGACAAUAAUGACAACUGGAGUGGCCGGCAUUGGUAAAACCGUCUUAACACACAAGUUCACUCUGGACUGGGCUGAAGGCAAAACCAACCAGGACAUACACUUCACAUUUCUCCUCACUUUCAGAGAGCUGAAUUUACUGAAAGGGAAAGAGUUUAGCUUGGUGGAACUGCUUCAUCACUUCUUUAUUGAGACCAAAGAAGCAGGAAUCUGCAGAUUUCACCGGUUCCAAGUUGUCUUUAUCUUGGAUGGUCUGGAUGAGUGUCGACUUCCUCUGGACUUCCAGAACAACCAGACCUGGACUGAUGUCACAAAGUCCACCUCGGUGGACGUGCUGCUGACAAACCUCAUCAGGGGCGUCCUGCUUCCCUCCGCUCGCAUCUGGAUAACCACACGCCCUGCGGCAGCCAACCAGAUCCCUGCUGAGUGUGUUGACAAGGUGACAGAGGUGAGAGGGUUCACCGACCCACAGAAGGAGGACUACUUCAGGAAGAGAUUCAGAGAGGAGUCGCUGGCCAGAAAAAUCAUCUCCCACAUCAAGAAAUCACAAAGCCUCCACAUCAUGUGUCACAUUCCAGUCUUCUGUUGGAUCACUGCUACAGUUCUGGAGGACUGCUUCAAAAAUUCCAAGAUAGGAGAAGAGAUGCCCAAGACCGUGACUCAGAUGUACAGCCACUUCCUGAGGGUUCAGUCCAUACAGGGGGACAGGAAGUAUCAUGGAAGAGCUGAAACAGAUCCAGACUGGAGUUCAGAGAGCAGGGAGAUCAUUGUUUCUCUGGGAAAACUGGCUUUUAACCAGCUGGAGAACGGCAACCUGAUCUUCUACGAGUCAGACCUGGCAGAGUGUGACAUCGAUAUCAGAGCAGCCUCAGUGUGCUCAGGAGUGUUCACCCAGAUCUUUAAAGAGGAGUGUGGGCUGUACCAGGACAAAGUGUUCUGCUUUGUCCAUCUGAGCAUCCAGGAGUUUCUGGCUGCCCUUUAUGUCUUCUGGUCCUUUAUCAACACUGGGGUCAAUCUGCUCACAGAAAAACAGCCAACCUCCGGGGAAGAUAAACUCAACCUCUUCUACCAGAGUGCUGUGGACAAGGCCUUACAGAGUGAGAACGGACACCUGGACUUGUUUCUCCGCUUCCUACUGGGCCUCUCUCUGGAGACCAAUCAGAUUGUCCUACGAUGUCUGUUGGGACAGACAGCGAGUAGAUCACUGAUCACUCAGAUUAAAGAAUAUCUGUUGGGACAGACGGAAGGGGGCAAGAAGAAAACUGUGUCCUACAUCAAGAAGAAGAUUGCUGGAGAUCUCUCUCCAGAGAGAAGCAUCAAUCUGUUCCACUGUCUGAAUGAGCUGAACGACCGUUCUCUAGUGGAGGAGAUCCAACAGUCCCUGACAUCAGGAAGUCUCUUCGAAACACAUGUCUCUCCUGCUCAGUGGUCAGCUCUGGUCUUCAUCUUAUUGUCAUCAGGAGAGGGGCUGGACGUGUUUGACCUGAAGGAAUACUCAGCUUCAGAGGAGGGACUUCUGAGGCUGCUGCCAGUGAUCAAAGCCUCCAAAAGAUCUCUGCUGAAUAGCUGUCAUCUGUCAGAGAGAGGCUGUGAAGCUCUGGCCUCAGUUCUCAGCUCCAACUCCUCUAGUCUGAGAGAGCUGGACCUAAGUACCAACAAUCUACAGGACUCAGGAGUGAAGCUGCUCUCUGCUGGACUGGGGAGUCCACACUGUACACUGGAAACCCUCAGGCUUAAUGGCUGUCAUCUGUCAGAGAGAUGCUGUGAAGCUCUGGCCUCAGUUCUCAGCUCCAACUCCUCUAGUCUGAGAGAGCUGGAUCUGAGUACCAAUGAUCUGCAGGAUUCAGGAGUGAAGCUGCUCUCUGCUGGACUGGGGAGUCCACACUGUACACUGGAAACGCUCAGGCUGAAUUGCUGUCAUCUGUCAAAGAGAUGCUGUAGAGCUCUGGCCUCAGUUCUCAGCUCGGACUCCUCUAGUCUGAGAGACCUGGACCUGAGUAACAAUGAUCUGCAGGAUUCAGGAGUGAAGCUGCUCUCUGCUGGACUGGGGAGUCCACACUGUACACUGGAAACGCUCAGAUUGUCUGGCUGCCUGGUCACACACAAAGGCUGUGCUUCUCUGGCCUCCGCUCUGAGCUCCAACCCCUCCCAUCUGAGAGAGCUGAACCUGAGCUACAAUCACCCAGGAGACUCUGGAGCUGCGCUGCUCUCUGCUGGACUGGAGGAUCCACGCUGGAGACUGGACACUCUCAGUCUGGAGCACAGUGGAGUGCUGAGGCUGCGACGAGCUCUAAAGAAGUAUGCCUGUGACCUCAAACUGGACCCCAACACGGCCCACAGAGUCCUCUCUCUGUCUGAGGACAAAAGGGAGGUGACGCUGGCUGGAGAGGACCAGUCGUAUCCGGAUCACCCAGAGAGAUUUGACUCCCUGCCCCAGGUGUUGGGUAGAGAGGCUCUGACUGACCGCUGUUACUGGGAGGUAGAGUGGGAAGGAUGGGUUGAGAUAGGAGUGACAUACAGAGGAAUCACAAGGAGAGGACGGGGUGAUGACAGCGAGCUUGGAAAGAACAACAUGUCAUGGAGUCUUUAUUGUCAUGAUGGUUGUGAUGAUGAGGAUGAUGGUGGUGAUGGUGAUGAUGAUGAUCAUUACUCUGCCUGCUACAACGGUAGUGCAACACCCAUACCUCUCCGCCCCGCUGGCUCCACCAGAGUAGGAGUGUAUCUGGACCGGCCUGCUGGCUCUCUGUCCUUCUACAGAGUGUCCCCAGGUAAAGGAGGGUCCUCAGCCACACUGACACACCUCCACACCUUCUGGUCCUCCUUCACCCAGGAGGACCUCCUCCUUGCGUUUGGGUUCUGGGGGCUUGGGGGGGGUUCCUCAGUGUCUCUGUGUAAGUUAUAGUCUCUCUCUCUCUCUCUCUCUCUCUCUCUCUCUCUCUCUCUCUCUCUCUCUGUCUCUGUCUCUGUCUCUGUCUCUGUCUCUGUCUCUCUGUCUCUGUCUCUGUCUCUGUCUCUGUCUCUCUGUCUCUCUCUCUCUCUCUGUAUGUUAGGGAUGAAAAAAAAAAAAAUUUGCAUUAACGCGUAACUAUCUCGCUUUUUAUAUGUUAACUUGCUUUUUAUAUUUUAUUUAUAUUUAUUUAUUUUUUCCACAAUGUCUUCUUUUUUAAAAAACGAUUUAUGAUGACUAUAUGCUCUGUAAGGUGACCUUGGGUGUCUUGAAAGGCGCCUCUAAAUUAAAUGUAUUAUUAUUAUUAUUAUUAUUAUUAUAUAUUCAUUCAUUAUAUUCAUAAUGCUAGCCACCAUUAAUAUAUCAAUUAUAUGUAAUAUGAUUUUACUUAUUUUUUAAAUAAUUUGAGCAUCGUUUUUGUUUAAUGAUUUCUCAUGCUUUUCUUUUCAUUAUUAUUUCUUGUUUGUUUUUUAUUGAUACGUGUGAUUGAAAAUCUACACGUUGUUACGUUUUUCUUGAUGAACUUAGGCUUUGUUUAUUAUUCCGUGAAUGGUCUUGCCACCCUGCUCUUCUUCAGGGUCGUCUAAAAUGUAAACCUUUGUGUUUCGUGUGAUGUAUGUUUGUUUUCACGUUCCGUUCCCCUGCUGCCUAUUGUUGGUUUGGACCUGUUUUCUUGACCCCCUGGGGAGCGUCAAGAGGCAAAGGGUUCCAUAAGCAGUGUUGGGAAGUUCAUUUUCUACGUGAUCUAGUUCAAAGUUCAGUUCACAAACUUUAAAAAGGAACUAGUUCAGUUAAACAGUUCAGUUCUUUCUUUCAAUAUGUUGCUGUGAGCUAUUUUUUUUUUCCGGUAUUUUGAACAUUGAGCCCACUUCGUGGUUUGUCUAGGAUGAAAUAGAGUGGUUGAAUCAAGCAUCGUAGCGAAAUACAGUUUAUAUCGUGUUUUAUUGCACAUUUAGCGCAUUUUGUAAAUCCCAUUGAUUUCUGUUGGAAGACUCAUUGCUCGUUGGCCGGAAGCGGAAGGGGGGGUGUUCACGUUUGGUUGUAGUCUUUACGUUCGGUUCUAGCCCUACUGUUGAGCCGGAGAACCGAGCGAAAAGACUACAACCAAACGUAAACAGCCGCCCUUUCCGUUUCCGGCCAACAAGCAAUGAUUCUAGGAGGUAUUCUAGUCCGCUGAGCUAUGAGCCAGAGAGCUAACGUUCUGGAUUGUACAUAUUUAUAAUUCGAAAUUCGUCUCAGCCUUUACACCACAGAUUCAUUUUUCACAAUUUAACAGAUCUCGUUAUGAAGAAUAAUCACUGCGCCAUUUGUUUCGAUGGGAAUCGCGACGGUCUAUACUUUCAACAUAAAGUGUACAUAUUUAUAAUUUUUAAUUCGUCCCAGCCUUUACACCACAGACACUAUAGGGUCUAUAGCAUAUAACCGCAUUUUCUGAUUACAGUUUAAUGUAACAAUAAGCUGACAACACCGCAACUGCAAAUUAAUCACACGGAUAUCACCAUGGCAACCGGUAAAACAAAUGUUCUCAUUCUGCGCGCGCAUCCGCCGCGUUGAUAAACGAAUAUCCCCCCAAUUGAACGAAGUUAAACCAAGUGAGCGUGCCGUUCACAGACACCAGAAUGAACGAGUUCACAGUAACGUUCAUCAGGCAGUAAUACAGUACGUUCAGUUCACGUUCGCCGAAAAUAUGAACGAGUUCAUGAACUAUCGUUCAAUGAACGCGUUCAGGCACAACACUGUCCAUAAGGCACCCUUUAUGACAUCCUGAGGAGCUUCAAUCAAUAGAUUACCAUCUGGUUAACAAAGGCUUUUGGUUUAUUGGGGGACCUCUGCCCUCAGAAACCCGACAGAAGUGUAGAACUCCUGCCUUUAGCCGUGCAGCGGACUUCUCCUUGCAAACCUUUAGAGAGACGCAGGGCGAACUCCCAUCUGAGGCCACGGAUUAUUGUUUUGUAUGCCUAUUCUAUAGUUUGUUGAUGCAUGUUACGAUGUAUCGUUGUUUAGACUAUUAUUACAAACAUAUAUCACCAUAAUUGUCCACGUAUUGUGUGCUUUUUGCGUUUGGAAAUCUCAUCCGCCUUGGACGCAAUAUCUGGUAAAGGAAUUGCCACAACAUAUGAUUGAAAUAAAUGUAAUCGAUUCAAUAAAAUAAAGAAAUUGUGAUAAUCAACUCAGUGGAUCUACUGAAUGUUCUCUGUUCAGUCCAUGAUAGUUCAGGUUUCUUCACUUGAAUUCCUCCAAGCGUAGCAGAUGUUUCUCCAGAGAUUUCUGUUGUCGGAGCAGCACACCUGGAAUGUCCUUCCAGGCCCUGGGGUCCUAGAAGGUCUCUGAGGGGUCCUGGACCCAGACCUGGACCCAGUCUUCAGUCCAGGUCUCUGAGGGGUCCCGCCCCCUGACCUGGACCCAGUCUUCAGUCUGUUCCUCUCACUGGUGGCCUGGAGGACCAUGAGCUCAGUCCUCUGGAGACCUUUCCUCCAACUCGUCACAACACAACAGUGGAGUCUCCGUUCACCUCGGUUAUCAGACGCUUUGAUCCAGAGAGACUUACAAUGUGUCCAUUAGUCAGGAGAAAGAGAAAAAACAAUAUAUCUCUGUCUGUACACUAUGGAUGUUCAUAGAAUCAAGUGACAAGCGCUAUAAAUCACUAGGUUAACCCAUUCCCCGUACACAACAGAGAUAUCUAGGAGAAAAUGCUACACAAUACUAAGUUAUUCUUAAGUGCCAGGACAUACAACAUACGAUAAGUGCGUA